AUGGCUGUUACUACUCAACUUAGACUUUCAUAUCUCACAAACUCACUUGCUCGUCGCCAUUCUUCGACUAUCACUAAUCAUUCACGGAUCUCAUGGCUUCAAAAUCCAAAUUUAAGGAUUAUGCCUAGUACAUUCUCGACUAAGUCCAUUGCUUUUAAUGAUAAGUUGCCAUAUUUAGAGAAAGAUGACAUGAACACAAGUUUGGAGCAACUCAAAAGAAGAAGCCGGGAAGCAUUGUUAAACUCAAGUGAUCCUAUUGAAACAAUGAAGAUGAUUGACUCAAUCCAAGGGCUAGGAAUCAGCCACCAUUUUGAAGAUGAGAUCAAUAUACAACUUGAGAGGAUAUGUGAUUGGGAUGCUUCUACAAACCUCUUUGCAACAUCUCUUCAAUUUCGUUUACUUAGGCAUAAUGGUUGGCCUACAUCUUCUGAUAUAUUCAGAAACUUUUUGGACAAGAGUGGCAAUGUCAAAGAGACACUCACCAAAGACAUUUCGGGUAUGUUGAGCCUAUAUGAGGCAUCAUAUUUAGGGACAGAAGAUGAACAAAUAUUAAAGAAAGCCAUGGAAUUUUCAAGGGCUCAUCUAAAUAAGUUAAUCUCACACAUGAGUCCUGAAAUAGGUUAUAAGCACAUUGUUAGAUCAUUAACACUUCCAAGGCAUCUAAGAAUGAUAAGACUAGAAGCUAGAAACUACAUGGAUGAAUAUAGCCAUGCAACUAACCAAAUACCAGCUCUUAUGGAGUUGGCAAAGUUAGACUUUGACAUGAUUCAAUCACUACAUCAAAGAGAAUUAGCAGAAAUAUGCAGGUGGUGGAAAGAGUUGGGACUUAUAGAGAAACUAAGUUUUGAAAGAGAUAGACCAACAGAGUGCUUCUUAUGGACAGUGGGAGUUUUUCCAGAACCGAGUCAUUCAAAUUGUCGUAUUGAACUUACAAAAACCAUAUGCAUUUUGGAUGUUAUUGAUGAUAUCUUUGACAAUUAUGGCACAUUAGAUGAACUUAUUCUUUUCACAGAUGCAAUCAAAAGGUGGGAUCUUGAUUCAAUGGAGAAACUUCCUGAGUAUAUGAAGAUAUGCUAUAUGGCAUUAUAUAACACUACAAAUGAAAUUUCAUAUAAAAUUCUAAAAGAACAUGGGCUAACUGUUGUUUCUCACUUAAAAAGAACAUGGAUGGACAUGUUUGAUGCAUAUUUGGAAGAAGCGAAAUGGUUCAAUAGUGGACAUGUGCCAAGUUUAAGGACAUAUUUGGAUAAUGGAGCAAUUUCUGUUGGAUCAUGUAUGGCAUUGGUGCAUGCUACUUUCCUCAUUGGUGAUGGUUUCUCAAAGGAAACCAUUUCCAUGUUGAAACCAUAUCCUAGACUCUUCACUUGCUCCGGAGAAAUUCUUCGCCUAUGGGAUGACUUAGGAACAUCAACGGAGGAACAAGAAAGAGGUGAUAAUGCUAGCAGCAUACAAUGCUUCAUGGGAGAGAAUAAUAUUAUAGAUGAAAAUGAAGGAAGGAAACACAUAAGGUUGCUAAUAGGGAACUUGUGGCGAGAACUCAAUGGUCUUGCCAUGACCAAAAUCUUGCCCUUAUCUGUUAUUAAAGCUUCUCUUAACAUGGCUAGAACUGCUCAAGUUAUUUAUCAACAUGGAGAUGAUAAAAGCACUUUUACUGUUGAUGAUUAUGUGAAAACAUUGAUCCUCACGCCAUUACCUAGUAGCCAUUAA